AUGGGGCCCGGUCUUCAUCACAAGCUUACGAAAAGGGAACUUCAGCACGUUUUCGGAGUUGAAGAAGUACAUGAGGUUCCAGAAUAUACACUUAUUAAAACUGAAAAGUUUCGUAAAGAAGAUGGAGGUCUUCGGAUACGAUUCUCAGCCUGGGGUGACGAGUAUGUGCUGGACUUAAAACCAAAUCAUCGGCUCAUCAGCCCACAUAUAGUGGCGGUCACUAGAAAUGGAUCUGAAGUGAUCGAGCGAAAAGGUCUUGACCUGGAUCACAGCUGCCAUUUCCAGGGCACUGUUUCGUCACAUAGUCGGGUACCAGUAGCCAUCUCUGAUUGUCGAUCUCUUAUGGGUACCUUAAUUAUGGACGAUCACUUCCUUAUCCUUCAAUCAGUACCGCAACGAGUUCGACACCACGAUGUGAGUCCUAAACAGUUCAUCAAUUCAGCCAGAGUGUUGUUCCAACCACAGUUUUCCACGAGCUUUCACUGCUGA